UAACAAGGACCAGCAGAGUGCAAAUAGGCAAUAAGAGUUUGGGCCAUAGAGCAAAGGGGAUUCUCCCCCGUCGUAGUUUCGUCAGCACACACAAAACAGCACCAAUUGCAAUUGAUCCAACGGUCUGUUUAGUGGUACCUUUCGUCAUCGCACGAGUAGUCAGUACUUCGGGUACAGCUAUCGCGGGUUUCGGAUAACCCGAAAUACAGUUCCGGAUCCUGGUACGAGCGGACGGUCCGACCGGGCACGGGAUUGCAAUGUUAAAGCGGCGUACGAAAUCGCAAAACCAUCGAUCCCGGUAUCGUUUUCUGCCCGUCGCAGUACUGAUAGUGCUAGCCCAAUGGUGCCUACUAGAUACGGCCGUCACAGCCGAAUCGACUGAUAUCGAGCUCGAUGCGAAGGCGAACAAAAUCCAUCAGAUCGAUUCGCUCAAUCUGUUGCUUUACACCUUCCUGCUAACUUUGACGGUGCUAACGAUAUGGUUGUUCAAACAUCGGCGCGUUUCCUGGCUGCACGAGACGGGUCUGGCCGUGAUAUACGGUCUUAUCGUGGGAGCCAUUAUCCGGUAUGCAGGAACGACCACACCAAUCAUCCACGUUUCCGUGGAAGCAGAACCGGAUGCAAAGUUCAACCAAAGCCUCCCGCCGGACACACUAUGGCUCAAGUUUCCGGGCAAUCUACCGCACGGUUCCGAGCAACCGGUGAAAGCAAACAAAACGUACACGUACAGCUUUCGCGGUGAGCUGGGCAAUGUGGAAGAAAACGAGAUUGAUUUGAAGGCUACGUUUGAUCCGGAAAUCUUUUUUAACAUCAUUCUACCCCCGAUAAUAUUCCAUGCCGGCUACAGCUUGAAACGGAAAUACUUCUUCCGUAACCUUGGAGCUAUUUUAAUGUUUGCCAUCAUCGGCACGACUCUGUCGGCGUUUUUGAUUGGCGCACUAAUGUACGGAUUCGUCCAGCUGAUGCCAAAGCUAAAGUCGAGCUUCACGUUUCUGGACACGCUAUACUUUGGGGCACUAAUUUCUCCCACCGAUCCGCUUACAAUUUUGGCGAUCUUUAGCGAUAUGCAUGUGGAUGUUAAUCUGUAUGCGCUUGUGUUUGGCGAGAGUGUACUGAAUGAUGCCGUUGCGAUCGUACUCAGUGGUGCAAUUCAAAACUACGGUGAGCACUAUUCGAGCAAUGGCGAAUUCGAAGGCCACGCGUUUCUACGGUCGUUGGGAGAUUUUUUCAGCGUGUUUGCCUUUUCACUGCUGAUCGGCGCAUCGAUGGGUUGCGUCACGGCAAUGAUGACCAAGUUCACGCGGAUACGGGAUUUCCCACUGCUGGAAUCAGCCCUGUUUGUGCUGAUGUCUUACAGUACGUUUUUGAUUGCUGAAGCAGCUGAGUUAACGGGCGUUGUUGCGGUACUGUUUUGCGGUAUUUGUCAAGCACAUUACACGUACAACAACCUGUCGGAUGAUUCCCGGACACGAACGAAGCAGAUUUUUGAGCUGCUUAAUUUUCUUGCCGAAAACUUCAUCUUCUCGUACAUCGGUGUAUCAAUGUUUACCUUCCCGAAGCAUCACUUCGAUCCGCUGUUCAUUUUUACUGGUUUUAUGUGUGCGGCUAUCGGGCGUGCUGUAAAUAUUUACCCCCUUUCAGCUUUGCUAAAUAUUGCUAGAAAGCCAAAGAUCUCGUGGAAUUUUCAGCACAUGCUGUUCUUUGCCGGGUUACGAGGUGCAAUGUCGUUCGCAUUAGCCAUUCGGAACACGGUGUCCGACGCGAGACAGGCAAUGUUAACGACUACGUCGUUAAUUGUUAUUACCACCGUCAUUAUUCAAGGUGGAGCAGCGAACUUUCUGCUAAAUUGGUUGAAUAUACCUGUUGGAGUCGAUGAUGAAACGGAGGUCCUUCCCUAUCAAGGAGUACGUAGCGUGUACAAUUCGAUGGAGAACACGGCUGGGGAUUUGGAAAAUCCGGAUAGUGAAGGUGCCACUACUCCUGGAGGCUCGCGAAGAGGUCACGAAAAAGCUGUACUAGCACGGCUGUGGGGAAAUUUCGAUACAAGGUACAUGAAACCAUUAUUGACCCAUUCGCGGCCAACAUUGCUCGAGACGUUACCUGUUUGCUUGAGCCCGUUGGCUCGUUUGCUCACUACAACCGAGCAGCUGACGCAGGACGGUCCAACGCGUCGUUCGGAUUCGGAUUCCGACCUAUGCAUCGACGAUGAUGAUCGUGCUUCGCGCGGUGGUCCCGCUGACGGUAGCGCACGCCGGAAUUCAAUCAAUCGCCGACAGCAACAUUCCGAUGCCGCACAUGAAGCUAACGAUGCGAUCAACAUCUUGAGUAGUUUGGGGUCUAAUUUUAUGUAACACCAAACCGGAACAAAAGCUAAUUGGUGUGGAAAAAACGCGCUAAGAUAUUCGGUGGUUUUAUUUGGUAAUCUUUUGUACAAAGUUUGUUUUCAUUAGCUGAGUUAUUAUUUCUCGCAUUUACUUUUGUUUGUUUUGUUUGUUUCAUUAUCAAAAGUUUUCUAUUCCUUAUAGAAUAUGAUUGGCAUAUGUUUAUUCUUUAUUUUGUUCUGUUUUUCUUUCCUGUUUCAUUUGACAUGCGUGUAUCUCGUGUUUGUGCAGCAGAAACGUACUGUUUAAAAGCUGAUUGCAGUCCUGUUUGUUUUGCUCUGCCACUGAAUUGCUGAGCAGACACUGUGCAGAACAGAAAAGCAAAAUCAAAGCGAAAUGCAUUACAUCAGUGUUCUCUACCAAAUUUUGCUGCAUUACCACCACGGUUUGCCAUAUGUUUCCUUGGUAUUAUUUAGCAUAAUCGUCAUCAUUAUGGUCGGUCCUGUUAUUUAGUGUUUUAAUAUGAUUAUUUUAAUUAUCCACGGUAUGGGUUCGUUAAUUUGUUGCAUUGCGCUGCAAACAAUUCGGUAGUUUUACAUUUUCAGUUUAGGUUUUACAUGGUCGUAAAUGUCCCCAAAGGCAUGGACAAUAAUGUUUGAAACACUUUACAACGUGUGCUCAUUAAGUUAAGUUUUUCAUUUAGAAUGAAAUAAACAAUGUUUGUUUUAUCAGUUACUGUUAAAAAUCAUGAAACGAUUCCACGUCUAUUCGCGUCAAAAAGAAAGAUUUAAAUAUUUUAAAUGUCCAUACAUUUGAAACGUUUCCGAAUGGACUUUCUUGAAAUUCUUAAACCUUAAAGAAAAACAAUUAAACAUUAAUUUAGGUGGCUCUCUGUUCACUCCACUGGUAUUGUAUGAUUUGAAUAUGAUUUAUUGAACAAUACAUUUCUACUCACCUUUUGUCGAUCAAACUUUUGUUUGUUUGUUAUACGUUUUGCUACACGUUUCAUUUGGUAGAUUUUUGUGUUCUGAAUCUUUGUUCUACAGUUACCCAGCACGUAAAGAUUAUAACCGAAAGAUACAAACCUCCCUGUGAUUUGUCAUUAAUCAGAAAAAAGUCAGAAGUAUACAAGGAGCUGUUCUUGCUUCAGCUGUACAAUUGGGAAUAGUAAUGUUCGUUGUACUUACUAGCGUAAAAGACACACCUGUUUCAGUUGAAGGGCUCGGUAAUGAUAUUGUUAUUUUGUGCAGAUGUAGUGAAGAAACAGUCGGUUAAGAUUAGAAGUGCUCUGAUGAAAUGGUCGAGUAAGAACACACAGGCAGAAAGAUUGUUUUAAUUCGUUUAAGUUCCUUAAUUGUUCUGCUAAAUGACCCGUUGCGGGAUGUCGUCCUAUUUUAAGCGAAAGUAUGGAUUAGAUUAAAGGGAUCUAUAAGUGUUGCGUAUGAAGCUUGCAGUGGGAUAAUCAUUGUAUGAUGGUACAGCUUCAGUUAAAACUUUGAUGAUCGUCUGGGCGCUGUUGACAGGAUAACAAAGGUGCUAGUUAGACCGCUAUGUAGGAACGUUUGUCGAUCAUCUGGUGUACGAUUCAAUGAAGAGUGUUAAGUUAAUUCGUACGAACGAAAAACGCAAAUAUGUGCAUUAAAUACAAUGAUA